CGAUAGGGCAGGAUGGUAUGCAAAACACUUGAAAACACGAAGGCAUGAAUGAUACCGAUACGACCGUCUCCGAUAUUUUAUCAGGACGUCAACCGAUUUGCUUAUCUUUGCACAUUGCUGGAGGCAUCGUAAUCGCUAUUAUAAUCUUGAGCUGUUGCUGUGCUCUAUGUGUGAGAAACAAGUGUGCGAGACUCUGUAACAAGCUCACGGGGAAGAAGAAAAAAGAAAAACAUUUUGACAUCGAAGAAGGACGAAAGAAGCGGGGCAGCGCGAGGAAACUGCGGAAAAAGCGGAAGAGAACUCUCUCGCCAGACGUGGUGCAUGCCGAAAAGGAACUCACCACGCCGAUCAUCGCCCGGGAACAGGAGAGAUCGGAGAAUGCAUCGCCGAUCACUUGUUACAAAUGUUGCCCAAAGAAAAAGAGGAGACGGAGACUCAAGAGAUAGACAUGACAAGGAAAGAGUUGUUGACGCGUAAACGACUGAAUAAAGCAUCUUUCCGAAUUAAAAAAAAAAAAAA